AAAUUCUACAAGUGGACAAUUCCUACGGCCGCCAUAUGAGAAGACUGGAAAAGGGACGACUGAUCGAAGGGCUUCACCGAAAAAUUCUGUCAAAAUGAGCGACGACGAGAGGGAUCUGGACGUGGAUAGCGACGCGGACAAAAGGGCACACCACAAUGCACUUGAGAGGCAAAGAAGGGACCACAUAAACAGUUUCAGUAGCCUUAGAGAUGCCGUACCAGCUCUGCAGGGAGAAAAGGCAUCAAGAGCACAGAUACUGAACAAAGCCACAGAUUACAUCCAGUACAUGCGGCGCAAGAACCAGACACACCAGCAGGACAUAGACGACUUAAAGAAACAGAAUGCACUUCUGGACCAGCAAGUCCGUGCCUUGGAGAAAGCACGUGCGACGGGCAACCUCUCCAGCGCGCUGCUGAACGACGCCACCUCCCUGGGACUGAAAACCAGAUCAGGGUCGGACAGUUCCGACUCGGACGACACCAACACGCACACUCAGGGACAGCGGAAACGGCUCAAAACAGACAACAAGAAAAGCUGAUAUAGAGUGCCAAGUUAUACGUCCUAAAUAUUAGUAAUAAUAGAAAACUUCCACCAAGCUAGCAUCCUUAGCUUAGUCUUCAGCAUUUAGAAAGCAUGCCGCUUGUAUAUCUAGCAUUGUAUUGAGUGUACAUAAGAGGUGAGGUACGAUAAGUGUAGCUUGAGCUUUCUGUACUUGACUUAUGACGUGAAAAAAAGCGACACAUCCUAGUACUAUUGUUAGCUACCUGAUUGCUUGUGUUUCUUAAAAAGAUGUCUUAGCAUGUAUAGGGUUAGACAAGGGUCUGUCAGGAGUAAAGAAAAGAAAAAGGUAACUGAUUAUGCACAGUCGGUAUGGGUUUUUUUGUCAUGUUACCUUCGAUGAUUGCAGCAAAGUCUUCAGAUUCAGAACCAAGCUUUUUGCACGUCACGAUCACAAACACUAAUGACCAGAAGUGUGUGUUGUGAAUUUGUCUUUUUGUGGGAUAAUUAAACCUGGUAUUCUAAUGAAUAAAGUGGUGAUGUUCAACGUCAUUGCUGACUGCA